CGCUCUGGACGCGAUAAUCCGCUAAUUGAGCUCAGGUCGUCGAGGGAUUUACAGACGGAGAUGGGAAGCACAGCGGCCGAUCCCACGAAGAAGAGAGAGGAGAAGAAGAAGAGCUGCAGGAAGAGGCGGUCACUGCGACUCAACAUGCCUGACCUCAGCUCGUUCACCAUGCCCUUCCUGGAGGGCGAUCCAGGCCAUGCUCGGAAGGACGGCAGCAGGAAGGGGGAGGGCGGGCCGCUGUGCCACUCGGCCAGCCCCACCAGGAGCUUCUUCCACCGGGCCCCGUUCAGCAGCCGGCCCUCCAGCCCCAAGUCGGCCCCAGCCAGGACCGGCAGCGCCAAGCCCAGCCCCACCUCGCCCAAAACCAUCUUCCCCUACCCGGCCGGAGGCAGCCAGCACGACUCCCCGCCCAAGUCACCACGCAGGCUGAGCUUCACCGGCAUCUUCAGGUCGGCCUCCAGGGAUUCAAACCAGCAACCCCAACAUGGCUGCUCUUCGUCCUCCUCCUCCUCCUCCCCUGGCAGCAUCAAGCUCUUCUCCCGCAACAGGAGGGACAAGGCCAGAGCCCACAGCGUCUCCUCCCCUCCCCCUCCUCCUCCCGCGGCUCCGGCUCCUCCCCGUCAGGAGGAGGUGAGUGUUUUCCGGUUGGAGACGUACCUGACGGAGCCGCGGAGGCCUGAGACCAGGAGGCUGCGCUCCUUCUCCUCGCCGCCCGACGCCGUCUGCUCCUCCUACAGACCUGCUGCUCCUCCUCUUCCUCCCGCUGCUCCUCCUCUUCCUCCUGCUGCUGCUGCUGAGAGGCUGGUUGCGGCUGCAGACGGCAUGUCGGAGCAACAAGAGCCGGACGAUGCCGCCUCAGAGGAGUCAGAGAGAGACAUCUACACGCGCUUCAUGAAGUCCCAUAAGUGUUAUGACAUCAUUCCCACGAGCUCCAAACUGGUUGUGUUUGACACCACACUGCAGGUGAAGAAAGCUUUCUUCGCUCUCGUGGCGAACGGAGUCAGAGCCGCUCCACUCUGGGAGAGCAAGAAGCAGAGCUUUGUGGGAAUGUUGACCAUCACAGAUUUCAUCAACAUUUUGACCAGAUAUUAUAAAUCCCCCAUGGUCCAGAUCUAUGAGUUGGAGGAACACAAGAUCGAGACGUGGAGAGAGCUCUACCUCCAGGAGACCUUUAAGCCUCUAGUCCACAUCUCACCUGACGCCAGUAUAUUUGAAGCCGUCUAUUCGUUGAUAAAGAACAAAAUCCAUCGACUUCCUGUCAUUGACCCGGUCAGCGGAAACGCCCUCUACAUCCUGACGCACAAGAGGAUACUCAAGUUCCUGCAGCUCUUUGUGUGUGAGAUGCCCAAGCCGGCCUUCAUGAAGCAGACCCUGGAGGAGCUGGCAGUCGGCACGUACUCCAACAUCGCCUACAUCCACCCCGACACGCCGCUCAUCACCGCGCUGUCCGUCUUCACGCACCGCCGCGUCUCCGCCCUGCCUGUCGUCGACCACAACGGUAAAGUGGUGGAUAUCUACUCCAAGUUCGACGUCAUUAACCUGGCAGCAGAGAAGACCUACAACAACCUGGAUGUGACGGUCACUCAGGCUCUCAGGCAUCGCUCCCAGUACUUUGAGGGAGUCAUGAAGUGCAACAAACUGGAAACACUGGAAACUAUCGUGGACCGCAUUGUGAAGGCCGAGGUCCACAGGUUGGUUGUGGUUGAUGAUGAAUCUCGUAUCGUUGGUAUCGUCUCCCUAUCUGACAUUCUGCAAGCACUGGUCUUAACUCCUGCAGGUCUCGGUAGGAAGGACAGUCUUCCCAGUCAGCCCGAGGCUCUGGACUCAGCUGAAGGAGAGACAGCAGCAGGAGGACAACCCGGCCCCGACGACGAUGACCUGGAGACAGGCAGAGAGACAGGGGCAGAACCAGAGAGAGAGACGGGCUGUGGGCUGGGUGAGACGGGUAUCGCCCUAGAGAUGGACGCUGCGCAAGAGAGAGAGACAGAUGGACAGGCAGAGAGACAGGCAGAGACUGAAGGGACUGAAGGAGAGAGAGACGGUGUUGAGGCGCCACAAUCAGAGAGCGAGACAGACGCUGAAGUGACAGACAGCGUCGAGUGGAGCCGCUCGCCACGGGGGGAGGAGACUGAGGAACAGGAAGGGGCGGGGCCAGCAGACCUGCAGGCUGACAUGGGAUUGGCCAGGAGGCUCCGAGAGUCCGUUUUCAUUGGCCGGCAGACAAGAAAUGUGGGACUGACGCCGAGCUGCGAUUGGUCGGCGGCCGUGGUUUUGUUCCAGCUGGAAGACCGAGGGGGGCUUUGA